AUGCCCGUCAGGGCACACCACGAAGACGCAGGCUUGCUCAGCGAGGAGGACGAGGGGUCUGACGAGGAGGAUUACCGGGAGCAUAGCCGGGACCGUGGCAAGUCUCCAUACGUCGACGAGCAGGGCGCUGAUGAGGCCGAGGACGAGGACGACGCGGACACGGAGCGGGAGGAGGACCCCAUCACUCUCAGGGACAGGCAGUCCUUGAUCAACGUCGAGCAUCCCUUCGGCCUGCCCAUAUGGAAGCCCGCCCUGUACAAAAAGUCCAGGUCUGUCACCCGAUACGCCGACCAAGCUCUCCAUUCCGUGCCCUCUGCUCAGGCUGAGCGUCACUUGCUGCCGGGGAACAUUCUAUGGACUGCCCUCUUCGGGUGGUGGAUGGCUCUGGCGUUCCUAGUACUCUCUGGGAUCUUGUACAUCGUCCCCAAGGGCGGAAGGCGUUACUCGUCUCUCGUCUUUGGGCUCGGUUGGUAUAUCCUCUGGCCAUUCGGCAAGUACGUCGCGGGUGACCCGGAAGGGCUGGAUCUCCCCGAAGAUGAGGAGAGCACGCCGACGAAUGGUGCGACGGCUCAUGUGCAGAACUCGACCUCCUUAUCAUGGGCACCCCCUCCGACCGAGCACACUUCUCUCCUUGGUAUCCCAGAGUCCCCAGAGACAGUGACACCGCCCGCCAAGUCGUACGGCGCGACGCCGCUCUCAGAGUACGGUACAGUCAAACGCAAUGCUUUGGAUCACUGGCUGGGGAAGGCGUGUUUCUGGCUCGCCUUGGUCUGCAUCAUUGCACCCAUUAUGCUGGCUGUGUGCAUUAUAUGCUGGGGUCUCGUCGUCACCAUCCCGAUGGCGAAGCUCAACUGGACCCUCCUCAAGUACAUGUUCUUCCAAGCUCCGAGUAUCCGAUUCUGCGCUGCUCCCUCGAGCAUCAUCGUAACUCCCAACCAUCCCACGGAAGCCACAGGUGAAAGUGCCGGGUCGACCACUCCCCAGCAAGCCUCGUUCGUCGUCAAGCCUACGAGAUUGGCCGAGGGCCAAGCCGCACCAUCCGGUUCGCCAUCUUCCAGAGUUCUCUUGUGCACAUACCGUGCGAUGGGCUGGAAAUACUACAAGUAUACCGUGGGCGGGGUCAACAUCAUGUUCAUCAACCUCCUCCCGCUCGUCUUCUUCGUCAUCCUCGACGGCUUCGUCUUCCUGCCCCUCGUCGAGCGCCGGCAGAACGCAGGCAGACAUGUCCCCGCCCUUCUAGCAGCCGUCGCGUCCCGCGGCGCGAUAUUCGUCCUGAGCCUGAUGAGCGUCAUACCCCUCUCGUACUUCAUCGGCAUGGCCGUCGCCUCCAUCUCCGCGCAGUCGUCGAUCGGCAUGGGCGCGGUGAUCAAUGCGACGUUCGGAUCUAUCAUCGAGAUCAUCCUGUACUCGAUCGCGCUUACGGAGGGCAAGGGACGCCUGGUCGAGGGGUCGAUCGUCGGCAGUCUGCUGGCGGGCGUGCUGCUCAUGCCGGGAGUGAGUAUGUGCAGCGGGGCCAUCAGGCGGAAGGAGCAGAAGUUCAAUGCGAAGAGUGCCGGCGUGACCAGCACGAUGUUGAUCAUGGCGAUCAUCGGUACGCUGACGCCCACCAUCUUCUACCAGACCUAUGGGAACUUUAAACUCAUAUGCACUGGCUGCCCCGAGCAUACAUCAGGACCCAAUGCACCCUGGCAGUGCCAGCACUGUCGUUACGAGUACCCGGACCCCGUCCGCGAUCCGUUCUACCAGUCGACGGUAAAGACGCUUAUGUAUUUCUGCGCCGCUGUCCUGCUAUUCUCGUAUCUCAUAGGGCUUUGGUUUUCUUUGCGCACGCACGCCUCUCAAAUCUGGCAGAAUCCCCAGCAGCUUCUCCAUCCGCUUGAGCUACCGGGCCCUGGACAGAACCGUUUCUCGAUAUACCACAAGUUAAUCCCAGGACGUGACCGGGAAUCCCUCCGUAGGAAGCCGAGCAACUUGACGUCUCGUGCUCCUAGUACUGUUCCAUCACGCAGUGAGACACCGGUACCUCGCGUGCAUGACCAUACCGCCGAGACCCAGCCCGGCGGGUCCGUCAGUCGUCGCGUUUCGUAUGCCACGCUCCCGCAGACUGUCCCGACUGCCGGGAUCGCACCCAUUCUCGAGAGCGUGGACCAGGCUAUCAAGCACACCGGCCUGCAGCCUUCCCACCUGCCGGAGAAUAUGACGCCCGACGACUUCACCCGUGCCGUCGCAGUAGCUACUGUUAGUGCUCUCAGACACCAGCAGACAAGUUCCCGGUCGCCUAUGCGUGCGAGGAUGUCCGGCGUCGAUGGCGAAGAAGCCGGUGGAGGACAUGGUGGCCAUGAUGCCCCCUCCUGGAGUCGGACGACCAGUGCCAGCGUUCUCUUGGCCUGUACCGCACUCUACUCCAUCAUAGCUGAACUCUUGGUCGGCGUGGUGGACGUUGUUCUGGAAGGGUCAGGCAUUGAUGAGAAGUUCCUCGGUGUCACCUUGUUUGCACUGGUCCCGAAUACCACGGAGUUCAUGAAUGCGAUGGCCUUUGCGAUGAACGGGAACAUCGCCCUCAGUAUGGAGAUCGGAUCCGCGUAUGCCCUGCAAGUUUGUUUGCUCCAAAUCCCUGCGAUGGUGGCCUUCUCCGCGUGGUACAACGCGGACACCCUGGGCACCAUUGCCAACACUUUCACAUUGAUUUUCCCUCGCUGGGAUGUUGUCGUCAUCAUCCUGUCAAUCUUCUUGUUGACCUAUACGUAUAUUGAGGCGAAGAGCAACUACUACCGCGGAAGCAUUUUGAUACUCAGUUACCUCGUCCUUACAUCCGGUUUCUUCUUCGCGCCUCAACGCGGUAGUGCGGAGCACGAGUCGGUCGUAAUUGAUUCUGAUACCCUCUCACCAACGCAGAUACUUUCGUUUUUCGUUUCAUCUUUGCAGCCGUGAAGAUCGUCUAUCUUGACUCAUUGGAUUGCUAUAUGAAGCCGACCCUCAUUGACAUGUCUUGUAAGACAUACUACAUAUACAUUUUGUGGCAUACUACAUCGUGGACAAUACAAAUACAAUUCAGUGCAUACUGUGCAAUUUCUCCAGGACAUGCUGUAUCUCGACAAAUGGGAGUUUCAAGGCCUCAGCCUCCAUCGAACCGGAAAGGAUGCUCUUGGCUGGCAGGGACGAGGGUGCCAGAGAAAGGAAUUGUUCAAGGAAAUCGCCAUCCAAGAAGCCGUACGACGUCUGCUGCUGUGUCUCCACACGAGACUUGGCAACCGUCGGUGCUCGCCAAUCUGAGUGGACCACCCCUCCAGCUCCGAUCAAAACAUUGCCCAUGUUACGUUCUAAGCCUGACAUGUGUAGGGAGAGUUCGCUUCCCAUCUCGAAUACCAUGCCAAUGCGACCAGACGACGUGAAAAAGAUUUCUCGCGGUUCUAUUGGUAUGUCGCCGGAGAAUUCUGUCGUCGUUAGGGAACCUCGCACAAAUUUGUUCACUAAUUCGCCCAGAUGGAAGGCGCCAUCCUUCUGGAGUACAAUGCGGCCUUGAUCCAGUUGUAAGGAGAAUGUGCACAGAUCGCAAUCCACGUUAGCUGCGAUGAUCCUUUGGUCAUCCAGUGCCUGUAUAGCGACGGGCCAUAGCGGAGAGUAAUCCUUCGCACGCCUCUGCAGCUUGGAGUCUUUCACAUCCAGGACGGAAACUGAGCUGAGAGCGUCCGAGAUCACCAGACCAUUCAAGCCAGGUACGAUACUGUUCAAGACGUAAUCGUGAUUCCACUCGCUUACAUAUGCGAAGUCAUAGGUCAAUAUGCCUGUACUGGACUUCUGCAGGCGGUAUAGCACCACCGCAGAGUUAACCG